AUGUCAGUCCAAACGUCGGUGGAAAGCAUGACUGCUACCAUCGGCGGGUACGGGCAGGAGCAAUCCUCUCUGCGUGUCGCCAUCGGUCACAACUCUAAUAUGGCGGGAGCAGGUCAUAUUAGUUUCAAAGCUACUGCCACCAAAACGCCUUACUGCAAGCUGAGCAGCAUGGGUGCCGUGGUCGAAACGGACUCGGACCUGGAGAGCGUGCUCAGCGUAAGCAGAACGGAAGAAGAGAGCCUUCUCCGCUCGCCUGAACCAGGUUCCAGCUCCCUGCGUAAGGAAGGCCGGCUACAAGAGGACAUCUCCCAAGAGGAGAAGUCCAACCUAGCCUGGGCUGAGCAAAAGGUAGAAGAGGGGCGUCUGCACUACGCGCAGCUGCCUCAGAUGAAGGCGACGAAGGGCGACUUCGCCAAUAAGGUUGAGGAGAUGAUGGCCACCACAAGGCAACGCUCGAUCGAGAGUGUCAAGGACACUCCGGCGGGCAAGCGGCAACGCGGGCCCAAGAAGCCCAAGCAGAAGGACAAGUUGAGCGACGUGUCCAAGAGACACCUCAUAGUGGCCCUGAUCGACCGCAGCGACGAAAAUGGGAAGAUGACGGCGGCGCAGUGGAAACAGGUCCACGCCCAACUGGUAGAAUCCCUUUUCGCGCGAAUGGAGGACGCGCCGAACGCUUCCAUGCCCACCUUCGACGGUGCGGGAUGGCUGAACGGGGUGAAGAUCCUCAAAUGUAAUGAUUACCCGACGAGGAAGUGGCUGGUGCAAGUGGUGCCCCAAUUGGAAGCUCUGUGGAAGAGGGCCAAGGGGGGGUAG